UCGAAAUAAAAUGUCAUUUAUGAAAAUUUUUGUAAAAUAAAUUAUUCCAUAUCAAUAUUAAAAAUUAACUGAAAAUUAUUUAAUAGUAAAUUUUGAUUUAUAUAGCGUUAUGGCAGAUACAUCCGUUUAUAUACAAAAACCGCAGCCAGAAUGGGGUGUUAAGAUAUCAAAAUAUAUAUUUAUACCUGAACGCGUUAUUCUGGCGGUGAUGGGGUUCUUUGCCGCUGUAAAUGCCUACACAAUGCGAAUUUGUUUGUCAAUGGUUAUACCAGCCUUGGUUUUACCUCGAAAUUAUACUGAUGAAAAAGUUUCUGAAACUCAUUGUCCCGUAUCAGAAAAUCUAUUUGAAGAUGAUGGGAAUCCACUUUCCGGUACACAUGAUUGGUCGCAGCCAAUGCAAGGAUUUAUUUUAAGCUCUUUUUAUAUUGGCUACGUAAUCACCCAUGUGCCCGGAGGUGAAUUGGCUAAAAUAUUCGGCGCUAAAUGGGUUUUAAGUUUGGGUCUCCUAUUUACUACAAUCUUUACCCUACUAACACCAUUGGCUAUUGACUAUACCGGUCAUGUAGGUUUAAUUGUAACUCGUAUUUUAAUGGGGUUGGGACAGGGAACAACAUAUCCGGCGUUAAGCGCUUUAAUUGCUCAUUGGGUGCCGAAAAAUGAGAGAGGUGUAACAGGUGCUGCUAUAUUAGGUGGUGGACUAAUGGGUACAAUUAUCGGCAAUUUACUGUCUGGAUUUUUAUUGGCCAGAAGUGGUUGGGCCUCGGUGUUUUAUACAUUUGGCUGGCUAGCGUUCCUUUGGUUUAUAUUUUUUACUUUACUUUGCUUUAGUGAUCCGGCCUCACAUCCCUUUAUUAAACCCAGUGAAAAGGAAUAUUUAACACAGGAAAUGGGAUCUAUAACACGCCGAAGAGAUCUUGGUGCAACACCCUGGAAAGAAAUUUUCACUAGCAUGCCUAUGUAUGCCCUGCUAGUUGGUCAAGUCGGACACGAUUGGGCAUUUUAUAUACUCGUUACAGAUUUGCCAAAAUACCUUAAUGACGUCAUGCAAAUACCCAUCAAAAAGAAUGCACUCUUCUCUUCUUUGCCGUUUGCUCUAAUGUGGAUUAUUUCAAUAAUUGCUGGAAUUGUAUCUGACGCUUUAAUAAAAAAUGAAUAUUUGUCCAUAACAGUAGUAAGAAAGAUUAUGACUACUGCAGGAGCGUUUGGACCCGCUCUGUUUGCUAUUCUGGCUUCAUAUGCCGGUUGUAAUGAGUUGGAAGUUAUAACACAUUUUUGCUUGUGCUUGGGUACAAUGGGUUUCUAUUAUGCAGGUGUCAGGCUUACGCCAAAUGAUUUGAGUCCGAACUACGCAGGUACCUUGAUGGCAAUUACAAACGGAUUCGGUGCGUUUGCGGGAAUUAUAGCGCCGUAUUCUGUGGGCUUGAUGACACCAAAUACAACUAUUCAGGAAUGGCGUCUAGUGUUUUGGGUUGGCGGCUUUAUUCUUUGCACAAGUGCUGUAUUUUAUUGUAUAUGGGGAACUGGUGAGAUUCAGUCAUGGAAUGAACCUAAUCCAAAGAAAGGAUGGGAAAGGGAAUAACUUAAAAAUAUUAGUCUAUAUAUUAUGUAUGUGUAUGUAAUUUGGAGUUGUCAAUAAAUCUAUUGUCAUUGAGAUACUUACAUUAAAUGUCGUCUUAUGUGCAGUUAUUUUAUUAGUCAAAUUUUGUAAACGUAAAUUUUAGUUGUUACAAUAUAUUGUGAAACUAUUUCUAUAAAGUUACCGAAGAAAUCAUAGCUAAAAAAUUAAUUUCCAGCACACGGAUUUCAUUAUGAGAAAGUCAAAUAUUUUCACAACAAUUUUAUCAAUUUUACCCAUAAAAAGUCGA